AUGGCCGACAGCGCCAGCGAGAGCGACACGGACGGCGCGGGCGGGCCGGGGGGCGGCGGGCCCGGCGGGCCGGGGGGCGGCGGGGGCGCGGGCGCCAUGCAGCCGUCGUGCUCGGGGGGCGCGGGCCCGGGCGCGGGCGGCCCGGGCGGCGGCAGCGGCGGCGGCCCGGGCGGCGGCGGCGGGAAGCCGGGCGGCAUUGUCAUCUCGCCGUUCCGCCUGGAGGAGCUCACCAACCGGCUGGCGUCGCUGCAGCAGGAGAACAAGGUGCUCAAGAUCGAGCUGGAGACGUACAAGCUCAAGUGCAAGGCGCUGCAGGAGGAGAACCGGGACCUGCGCAAGGCCAGCGUAACCAUCCAAGCCAGGGCUGAGCAAGAGGAGGAGUUCAUCAGUAACACCUUGUUCAAGAAGAUUCAGGCCUUGCAGAAGGAGAAGGAGACGCUUGCUGUGAAUUACGAGAAGGAAGAAGAGUUCCUCACUAAUGAGCUCUCCAGAAAACUGAUGCAGCUGCAGCACGAGAAGGCAGAACUGGAGCAGCACCUGGAGCAGGAGCAGGAGUUUCAGGUCAAUAAACUAAUGAAGAAGAUCAAGAAACUGGAGAACGACACCAUCUCAAAGCAGCUCACGCUGGAGCAGCUGCGGAGGGAGAAGAUUGACCUGGAGAACACGUUGGAACAGGAGCAGGAAGCGCUGGUCAAUCGGCUGUGGAAGAGGAUGGACAAACUGGAGGCGGAAAAACGCAUCCUGCAGGAGAAGCUGGACCAGCCUGUCUCUGCGCCCCCGUCCCCACGGGAUAUCUCCAUGGAGAUCGACUCUCCAGAAAACAUGAUGCGGCACAUCCGCUUUUUGAAGAAUGAAGUGGAGAGACUGAAGAAGCAGCUGCGAGCAGCCCAGUUACAGCACUCAGAGAAGAUGGCCCAGUAUUUGGAGGAAGAACGCCACAUGCGGGAAGAAAACCUGAGGCUUCAGAGAAAACUCCAGCGGGAAAUGGAGCGGAGAGAGGCCCUUUGUCGGCAGCUUUCGGAAAGCGAAUCCAGCUUGGAGAUGGAUGAUGAAAGGUAUUUUAACGAGAUGUCUGCCCAAGGAUUAAGACCUCGCACUGUGUCCAGCCCAAUCCCUUACACGCCUUCUCCCAGUUCAAGCAGACCCAUAUCACCGGGCCUGUCGUACACGAGUCACACGGUUGGCUUCACACCCCCGACAUCGCUGACCCGAGCCGGAGUAUCUUACUACAACUCCCCUGGACUCCACGUGCAGCACAUGGGAGCUUCCCAUGGUAUUACAAGGCCUUCACCCCGGAGAAGCAGCAGUCCGGACAAAUUUAAACGCCCCACGCCUCCGCCAUCUCCGAACACACAGACUCCUGUCCAGCCGCCGCCGCCUCCGCCCCCACCACCCGUGCAGUCAUCCCUCCCGUCUGCCGCCUCGCCACCUCCAGCGCACCCUCCCUCACAGCCCUAGUGCAUGCGCUCCAGCAGGUGGGCUGCAUCGAAGGUGGGGACUCUGGAGAUGGAGCCGUUGACAAAAAGCCAGAGGCGUCCCUGGCACCUGGGGCUCCCUAGACUUCACUAUUAAUGGUGUCAUAAAUGUUUGUCCAAAAUGCAGCCAGCCUUGUGGGUCUGUGACACUAACCCCCUAGAACAACCUUUUUCCAUCAGUGUUUACUUGAAUUUACAUGUAGGUUUAUUUUCUGGCUGGAACAUGUGCUCCUUGAUAUUUGGUAACUUGGCAAUGCGCCGUUUGCUCGGCUCUAGAGCGCUUUUUUUUUUUCCCUCCUGGCUUUUAGGUUGGUAAAAUAAAAGGGAGACCUGUUUGCCUUCCCUGUCCCCCUGCCCCCAUGGCCAUUAGCAUAAAGAUGGCAGGCUCGAUGGCCCAUAUCUUAGUAAACUUAUAAGAACCGUGGUGUCUACCGAGCAUCUGAAAGGACAGAUUUGAACGUCAGCUUCAUCAGUGCCCAGGGUGCGCCAAUUGAUACGCCUUUUCCGCUGAUACAGUGUCAUAAGCCGGUGGGUAUGAUACAUUGUUGGGUAAUUAUCACUUGUCCAGGUACACAGAACGUAAGGUUCCUGAAGCUCAAGGUGGGGCUAUUUCUUUGAUUGUUCAUGUCCACCUCCCUGUAUUGCUGUAAGCUGACCAUGCUGUUAUUUCCAGCACAGUUCUGUACAAGUCAUCUUCCCCCAUUCCCACCCACCCCCAUGUCUUGGGGGACCAAGUCAAAGAUGCUGCCAAAUAUGGCAUCGUGGGAGGCCCAGAUUUCCCUUCCUGUCCCCCACACCAUGCGCCCCUUCCCCUGCCCAGCUGCCAUCACCACCAGGCGAUUUCCCAAAACACAGUUGGAAGAAGUAUCUUCAAGAAGCAGAUUCCUGCUAAAGACCAUGAUUGAGAACAGUCAUUGUAGGAAUAUCGGCCUAGUCGCCAAGAGAUACUGUGUUGCUCGGGAGAAGGAGAAGAAGCGAAGUGAGUCCGCAGUCCCUGGAGACACUGUGGGAUGCUCACUGGACAGGAACCGGUGCAGUGUGUGUGCAAAGACUCGAUCCCAAGGACAGUCCUCUCAGACCCUCCUUUAGCAGCACAAGUACGUGGUUUGGCUUCACGACUCCAUGAAACAGAAGGCAAGGCGCUCUUCCUUCAUCCUAGCGAAACGCUCCUUUGGGUUCGGCAACAAUUCCUGUUUUUGUACUUUGGUAAUAGUGAAGUGAUCUUCCCCACUUGUUAUGCCGUGGACAAAAACCUUACUUACUAGAGAAUGUAUAUUUUAUGAUGAGAAUGUGUAUCUAUUCUGUUGGAUAUAAUCAAAGAACUGAAAAAUAAUUUAUCAGUCAUUUUUCUUAAGAAUUCAUGUUUUGUGACUGAACCAUCUCGAAUGCCCCCUCUUAUUGAACACAUGCCUAAAAAAAGGAACACUGUAGAUAUUAAAUAUUGUGCAGUCACGUAAACUUUCAUUUUUUGCCUUUGAAUACCUACUUAAAAGUCUAAAGAAACUGACUGGAUUAGAGUGCUGAGUAAACUCUAGAAAGGUAAAAACCAUUAUAAGAUUUUCCUCCCCUUCCUGUUUCCAUACCAAAACAAGGAAACAUGUUUCUGGUUUCUAAGCAUUUCAGAAAAAAUCGUGUGUGUGUGUGUGUGUGCGUGCGCGCUAUAUGCAUUUUAUAUUUAAUAAUGUGGAUGUAUUUUACAUUGUCAUUGUGUUUUCUUAAAACAACAAUGCCAAGAAAGAUCACAUGAAUCAAGCGACCAGUCUCCAUACAGGUUCCCAGCAACUGCAGAGCCGAUGACUCGGGUCUGCUGUUGUGACGUCUCAAACCCUGUAACUUCCUUGUGGGUUAUGCUACAUGCCCUCCCCUGCCCUCCAGCUAAUUGAGUCAGUAAGUGAAAUCACUUCUGUAACUGCACUAGGGAUUCUCAAAGACGGGCUUAAGAAAACAGUAGGCUCUGCCAUUCGAAAUCUCUCCUCCAAGAAUAUUAUAAAUGACAGCGCUGCUAGGGAGCACAGCUUGCUUUUAAGAACUCAUUGCCCAGAAAAUUCAUUUACCCCAUCGAAAGCACAAAAGUCAGUGCUGUUCAAGAGAGUGAAUGGGAUGAACAAACGGUGAUUCUCUUGGGUGGAAAGAGAAGUGUGUAAGAGAUAUAUGUGAAUUACAGUCAAAAUUCUUGAAAAAUUCAGAUUUCCACAAAAGCAAACAGCCACUUUGUUCCAAAACUGGAAACUAGAAUUACCCACUGUAAAUGUAGCUGGCUGCCCCCUCCCCCACACCAUGUGUACAGUAUCUGUAGGACAAACAUUGCUAAUUGGUGUGUGAUGUAAUGGUCUUUGGCCCCCUUGUGUCAUGUUACAGUAUCAGCCCUGCAGCUGCCUAAGACUAACCAUCCUAGGCGGUCAUUGGUUGGGUCCAUCGGAACUCGUGGGAUCAGGCAUGCUGAGCCCAAGAGAGGAAGAGAACUUUUUGUCUUUCCUGCUCUUUGCCUCAUCACCCCCCUCCUUGGCAUCCCAGCUACUGUUAUUCCUGGGUGCCCCUCCUGCACUUAUCACACCUUCAGCUGAUGCUGUGAAUGAACUGCAGUACCUGUUGGAAGUCAGUCGUGGUACCCACAGAGCUAGUUUUCCUACAGGUAGCCUGUGGCAUAUGUGAGCACACCCUUGGUACUCGUCACACUGAGAGUGUAGCCAUCGCAAUUAGAUAAAGGGACGUAAUCGUAUCUUUAUAGAUGGCAGAGAAGUGGCCUAGUGGGUGUCAGGGUUCUGUGCAGUCUCCCUUUGGAGAAUUCCGGUGGCUUGGCAGAAAGUAGAAAUUCUUGUAAGGUUUCGUGCCUCUUGCCAUCCUGUCGAGUUUGAGUGUUUAAAGGGAUGAGCUCAGAAGAUAAUUCCUAGCAGUCAUGAAAUGCAUGUGUGACCAGAAUGUGACUUUGACACCAAGUGCUAGCCCCCCAUGAUUGAUUGGCCUUUUUACAGUAGGACCAAAAUAGUUGUGGCAGUUACCACUAAAUGUUACGCAACUGUAAAGAGAUGAGAGAUUCUGUGUGGCUCCCCUCCUCCCCCCAGUAGACAGGAGAUUUUUCCCACUGGAAGCCUUGCUAGGAGAGGAAGCCUCAGACACCAGAACAGAAGAGUAAUUUGUGCUUUGAGAUCUCAUUAUUUUUGCUUAGCAGUGCAGAAGUCUCUGUGUGGCUUGAUCUUCUGGCUGGUAGUUGUCUGGUGGGUAACCAACACUGAAAACGUUGUAACAAGGACUACCAAAGAAGUACAUAGCAAAAUGAUGGUUGAUUUCCAGAUGAUUAGUGAGCCAGUCAUUGAAGCUGCUGCAUGAGUUCCAUGCUAAAGAGCCAUUAUAACAAAUUAAGGGAGAAAUGAAACACCGCACACAGCUGUCAGCCUGAAUGAUGGGGAGCAUUUUCCCAGGUGCUUGGCAGUUUUUGUAGUGAUGAACUGCCAAGUCUGGACUGCCUCUUGUUAGGGGCAGUAUCCGCUAUUCCUAAGGGCAUGGGUGUGUGUGCGGUGUCUAUGUGUGUCUGUGUGUUCAUUCAUGCCUUAACUCUGGUUACUGCUCAAAUGUAGUUCUCGAUUUAGUCUGCCUUGUCAACAAGUUUGUGUGGUGCUUCUCGAUCUGAACUUCAUCCUGGCCAAACCACCCCCCUCCCAAAAGAAAAAGUGUCACCAAUAGCAGCUAAAGAACUGAUUUCCUCAGAACAUUAUAUAAUCAGGUCAACCCCAAGUCUCCUUUGGUACUUACAAAGUCAUAUAAAAGUGAACUGGAGAAGUGGAAGGAAUUCACCAAGGAAAAGAGCACGUCUUCUCACAGCAACACCUCAGUCCCCGAUAUUAGUGACUCACCAUGGUUUGGCCCCGCAGCUUGAGUAGAUUCGGAGAUGCAGUGGCAAUCUUGACAUUCUUGCUUGGUCAGAGUUUAGAGAGAUGUAAGACUUCCAAUUAAUGUCUUUCUUUGCUUCUUUGUGUUGAUUAGUCUUUGAUACAUGUGCUGAAUCUGAAACCUGAAUAAAGAUAAUUUUUUUUAAAAUGGA